AAUGUCAACGAAAUUGUGCCCCACCUAGCUUUCUCUCGCUAGAUUCUCCGAAGAAAAACCGUUAAGACGCCGCUGUCAUAGUCAUUACAUUACCGCUCCCACAAAAAUCAUCGCCGAAAAUAGUUACGGUUACCUCGGCCGAUAUUUUUCUUCAAUAAUCAGUUUGUAGUUGUGCUGUCGUCGCGUUCAGAACUGACCGAAGGCGAAAAGUGACCUAAACGUGGUGUAAUUUGAUUACGGGCUUUUAAACAACGAAAACGAUGGCUACCAGAGCGAAAAAGUCGGCGACGCCGGGUUCGCAGCCUCCGCCGCGGGCUCAGAGUCCUUUGAGCCCCACCAGACAUUCCAGAUUGCAGGAAAAACACGAUUUACAAAACCUGAACGAUCGGUUGGCUACUUACAUUGAAAAAGUCAGGUUUCUGGAGAAUGAAAACCUAAAACUAACAAAAGAAGUCCAAUGUCACCAGGAAACAAGCCAACGCGAAGUGUCCCAUAUCAAGUCCAUGUACGAUCAUGAACUGGGCGAGGCUCGCAGAUUACUGGACGCUACUCACAGUGAAAAAUCCAGACUCGAAAUCGACUUGAAACGAGUGCUGGAGGAAAACGACGACCUUAAAGCUGACUUGGCCAAAAAAACAAAAGACCUUGUAGUUGCUGAAAAUGCUGCCAGGGUUUACGAGACCCGGUGCAACGAUUUGCAGUUGAAAUACACCCAGGCCAAUGCUGACGCCAAGAAGGCUAUCGGGGAUCUUAAGGAUUUGGAAAAGGAGAGGGACAAGUUGAAGAAGAUGCUGGAUGAGCACAGAAAACAGUUGGAGGAGGAAAGUUUGGCUAGGGUCGAUGUUGAAAAUGCUAAUCAGACUUUGAGAGAGGAAUUGUCGUUCAAGGAUCAGGUAUUCCAACAACAACUGACGGAAACCCGCACUCGUCGUCAAGUCGAGAUCACCGAAAUCGAUGGACAAUUGGCCGAACAAUAUGAGGCCAAGCUCCAACAGGCUCUACAAGAUCUCAGAGACCAAUAUGAAGCUCAAAUAACCAACAACAGAGCCGAGAUCGAAAAUAUGUAUGAUAGCAAGAUUAAGAGUCUUCAAACGGCCGCUAAUAGACACUCUGCAGCCGCUGCCAAUGCUUUGGACGAAGCUCGUCAAGUUCGUACCAGAAUCGACACUCUAUCCAGCCGAGUCACACAGUUGGAAAAUGAAAACGGCGCAUUAGUGGCCAGAUCAAGGGAUCUUGAAAAAAUAUUGGAGCACGAACGUUUGAGACACGCCGAAGAACUGGCAGCCUUGGAAGGCGAACUGUCCAGGAUGAGAGAAGAGAUGAACGUUCAACUGCAAGAGUACCAAGACCUUAUGGACAUUAAGGUGUCUCUAGAUUUGGAAAUUGCGGCCUACAGGAAACUAUUGGAAUCUGAAGAGGACAGAUUGAAAAUCACUCCAGCAGGACAAGAACGCGAUGUUUCUCACUCGAGCAGUCGCAGUUUGGCACAACGUUACACUCCAAGCCGUCACAACACGAAACGGAAGCGCUUUCUGAUGGAAGAAAGUCAAGAUUCCAGCCUAUCAGACUUCAGCGUUACCACUUCUUGCAAGGGCGACAUUGAAAUUCUGGAAGCCGACCCUGAGGGUAGAUUUGUGAAAUUAGUUAACAAGAGCAAUCAAGAAGUUUCACUUGGUGGUUGGCAAUUACUUCGUAAAGCUGGCACUGAGGAGACCAAGUUCAAAUUCAACCGAUCUUUGAAACUUGAAGGCAAAGGCACCGUAACUGUUUGGUCGGCUGAUUUGAAUAAAGACCAUGAACCACCACAUAAUCUUGUAAUGAAAGGCCAAAAAUGGCUGGUUGGAGAUAAUAUGACUACUGUGCUGGUGAAUUUGGAUGGGGAGGAAGUUGCAACAUCAGAAAGGAUCAAAACUCAAGUGUCCACUUCUCACUUGAGACACAGAGAAUCGGCGGGGGGGUUUAUAGAAGGUGAAGAUCUCCAUCAGCACGUGGGUGACCCCCAAGGCGACGAAAAGUGUCGACUGAUGUGAAAAUAGGGGCUUAGGAAGUAAUUCCCAUACUUGUUAAGGGAAAAGUCAGGAGUUUAUAAUAUUGAAGACUUUUAUAUAUUUUUAUUUUAUAUAAGUAUUAUUUAAGAAGAUGGUUGUAGGAUUUGUUUAGUUUUUACAUGUUCAGAACAUUAUUUUAUUUACCUUAUUAUUAUUUUUUUCAAAAUAUUGAAACUCAUUCUUGUAUAAUAUAAAUGUGUAAUUUUUUCAUAUAUUGUAUUCACAAAUUCAAUGUAAGUUAACAAAAAAACUAUUUUGUAUUUUUUCGUGUUCAAAUAAAGUUUACUUGUAUUUUAGUGUUUUUUUGUGCCUUAUAUUGACAUGUUAUUACAAAAUUAUCAAUUUGACAAAAUUAUUAACUAGUAGUGUUUAGUACAUAGUACAUUUUUUUCUGGAAAAAUAUUCACUAAAAACCUGUUAGCAAGUAGUGAUAAAGCUUUCCUAAAACUCUUUAGGUGUUUUCAUUAUAACAACAGGAAAAAUAAAUAUUUUCGAAGAA